AUGUUGAUACUUUGUUUUUUGUUUUUUCUGUACAAGACUCAGUAUGCCGAUAAUGCCAAAAGCAAUGAAAGGAGCAUAGCAUGGGGCUUGAGAUUCCCGUCAGCGAACAGUCUGCAGCAGGCGCUCAGUACGAGUCGUCGACGUAAGAAGCGAGACAGCGAUAUUAUCGUUGAGGCCUCGUGCACGAAUUCGCAGCAAAAGCAAAAUCCGCUGAGUUGGCAGCAUUUGUCAGAAAUCAUCGUCCCCGAGAAAGAGCCCAUUUACAUCGUGACCGUCGGCUCGUCCAAUGACUUUAUCACCUCCAGGCUCGUCGGGCCGAAGGAUACCCGCGGGAUCAGCUCCGGCGGCGACCACGCAUGUUCCACCGAGGAGGCGCCGACCGGACCGAGGAGCCCGGCCUCCGGCUGCUCAACUCCUCGAGCCAGUAUGUCGCAGGAGCCACCUCAGGAAUCAAUUCGGAAGCUCUUGGAGCGCGAGCUUAGACUUUUCGAUCUCAUUGAUCCACGCGAUCUUCGUUCCUAUGCUUGGUAUCACGGAAGCACACUGCCUGGUGGUCGCAAAGGCGCCGAGAACGAAAUUCCGAACGAUGGAGACUUCUUGGUGCGUGAUUGUGCCAGUCAGCCGGGUAACUAUGUACUUAGUGUCAGACACAAGGGACAACCUCUGCAUUUCGUCAUCAACAAGCUUAUUUUGCAACCUGAAACAGUGUACGAGCGCGUUCAAUAUCAAUUUGAGGACGAGGCUUUCGAUACCGUUGCGGACCUAAUCACCUUCUAUGUCGGAAGCAAACGUCCAAUCAGCCAAGCGAGCGGUGCACGCAUAAUUAAUCCUCGGCAUCGGAAAGUGCCUCUAUCGAUGAGCUCCGGCAUUAUCGGACCUAAUGCUAGUUUCUCUCCUUCCUCGCUCUCGGCGACCACACGAUCUCCUAUCAGAGCACUUCGCAAGAAGGAAAGAAGCCAAUCAUUAACACCCUGUCAGCAUUAUCAAAGUCCUCCACCUCCGCAAUUGGUGCCACUUCAUCAUAUGUCGCAGUUACAUUCGAGUACUCUGCCUAGAAUACCAUCGAUAUCUAACAAUCAGACUCUCUCGUGCUCCCUUUCAUUGGGUCGUCAAAAGAUCACUAGGGUAAUUUCCGAUCCCGUUCUUAAGUUUCAACAACUACAGUUACAGCAUCAAAGACAGACGCAGCAGCAGCAGCAGCAUCAACAGCAGCAUCAACAACACGUAAUUACAGAUGAACCGCAUUACCAGAUACCCAAGAAUAACUCAGCUGUUUUGCUAGCAGGAUCAACUGGAAGUGGAUCCUAUGAUCUACCUCCGCCAAAGCCUCCUCGAGUGCCCAGGCACUUAAAGCCUCCACCCCCGCCACCCUAUCCCUUUCCGCAUCAUCAUGCCCAUGCUCAUCAUUCGCAUCAAACGAAACCUCAUCAAGCCUCGGGUAGUGAUAGCGGAAACGGCUCUGGUGAUAGCGAAUUUGAGGCCAGUGCCGCAGGAGCUUGCGCUUUGCCGAUGCAACCGGCUAUGAAAGGUAUCAUCAUUCGAAGCUAUCAUCAAGCUAAAGCUUUAGGUCUAAGUGAUAUCGAUAUUAAGAAGUGGGAAGAAAUGGAAAGGAAAAUAAGUGAAACUGCUCCAAACUAUGAGAUGCCUACGUCUUUCGAUCUAGAAAACUUUAAUACAUUAUUGCUGCCGACGGUCGAGCACAAACCUCUGGAUGCCACAGCUCUAAAAGGAGUUACAGGGAUGCUGCACGAAACAGCCUCACGAAUCUUAGCUUCGCAUAUUACUAAGAUCGACGUGGAUAUGUUACUUAAGGUUUACGUUACGGAGGAUCCACCGAGCAUUCGAGAGGGCUUGUGCGGCUUAGAACUGUUGGUGCUGCCUUACGCGCAUCAAACUCGGCUCGAUGUGAUCGAAAGGACCGAGUGCAUGAAGCUGCUGGUUGCAGUGACAGUACUGACUUGUCCGACCCCCGCGGAGAGAGCACUGAUGAUUAGUCGAUGGAUCCAAGUGGCGAUCGACACAAAAACAGCUUUGGGAAAUCUUUUCGGCUUCUGCUCGAUCAUGCUAGGCCUAUGCCUCCCGCAAAUCCAGAGGUUAACCGAUACUUGGCACUUGUUAAGGCAAAAGCACACCGACGACGCAUUUACCUUCGAGGCCAAGCUUCGGCCCACAUUACGUGCGAUGAACGAGUGCACGGAUCCACAGGCACCGAAUACGACGCUCCCUCACAUUUUGCCUAUUGCCCUGCUCAAUGAGCGAACCCACGAUGACGUCAUAGGUAAUACACCGCCCUCGGCAUUGGCAGCUGUGGUACUAUCGCCUUGGGAAAAUUCUGCAGCCGAUUGCGGUCUAUCGAUCAUGUGGGCCCACCUGGAGGCAUCGCGCAAAAUGACCGACAAUCUUACACACUUUCGACGCAACGCCGAAAUCGCUCUAGAAGGUUGUCGACACGACGAGUUAUUAAGCGACGCUUUUCGUACUGAAUUUCACAUCAAGUUCCUCUGGGGCAGUCGGGGUGCUCUCGUUGCCACUAACGAACGCCACGAUAAGUUCGUCCGGGUUCUUGAUGCUAUGCACGAUAAGUGUGCAACCACCGAACAGACCUAAUAUGAUAAUUCAUUUAUGAGUAAACGGUGCUUGAAGUUCGACGCACCUUUUCACUUGAAAUCAUUUUACGUAUGCAUAACGCAGUGGAUAGUUUUUUUCGAGCAAACUUAAAAAUAGCUACACAGGUUAAGCGUACGAAAUAUUAAACAUAAUUGUGCUCCAUCGAAAAUAUCAAUAUUUUCAGGAAUAAAAUUU